UCUUUCAUAGGUGACUACACUAAAGCUGUGGUGCGCAAGAUAGCAGAAACUGCCAACCUCGAUCGUGUUGCAAAGAAGCAUGACUCCACUGGCAUCUGCUUCAUUGGCUCCAGAAACUUUCAGGAAUUUAUUUCACAAUACAUUGAGGAUAAACCAGGGAAUUUUGUUGACAUAGAUACCAGAGAAGUAGUUGGCACUCAUCGAGGCAUUCACCAGUGGACUGUAGGCCAGAGGUGCAGAAUUGGACCCUUUCCUCAACCAUACUUUGUUGCUGAAAAACAUCCAGAAGCCAGUAAUAUGUAUGUGGCUGCUGGCACAAAUCAUCCUGCACUAUUUACUUCUACAGUGUUUACUGAGCCAGUUUACUGGAUACACAGUCCACCACAACAUCUCUCUACUAAGGGUCAACUGGAGUGUCAUUUUCGUUUCCAAAAUACAGCACCACUGGUACAGUGUGUCUUAACCACACAAACUCAUAAUCCACGGUAUCAUUCUCCAGAGCAAAAUAAUAUGGUAGUGAGCUUAGCAAAACCUCUACGUGCAGUCACUCCUGGACAGUACGCUGUCUUCUAUCUUGGGGAUGAAUGUAUAGGAUCUGCCAGAAUUUUAUGCCCUGGACCCUCAUUAUACACAUUAAAUGUAGACGAGUGUAGAACUCGUAUUCUAAAAGAAACAGUGCGACAGUCAUCCCACUCUCAGAUUGAGAGUAUGCCUGGUGGAAGUGCAAGUAAGCUAAAGCAUAUAAAAGACUAGAUAAAGUUUGAGCUUUCUCAUACACUCUAAUUCAGAGAGAAAAUGUACACAGUACAAAGGCAUUUUUGUUUUCUUGGAUAAAAUUUAAAUAAUGCAAAUAAUAAAAUGUAUUGAAAGUUAAA